AUGUCUAAAGAGAGUGUACGCGAGAGCAAGGCCGCAACAGAGUACCGGCUCUCGAUCUCCAGCAACCCAGGCUCUCGCAGAUCUUCGUUCGGGGGAAGCAGCGAGCAUCCCGCUGGCAGCGGGAUCGGUAAUAACAAGGCCUCGAACGGAGAACUACGGGAAGCGACGCUGGUCGACACGUUACUAUUGCCACAAGUCCAAGAGUUGAAGGACUCGAUGAUCACACUCGACGCCAACCUCACGCACAUGAACUUCAUCCACGAAUCGCUGGUGGACCUCAAUGAAUCGGUUAGCGCACUGCUAUAUGGCCUGAUGUGCAACUCGUGGUGCGUUGAUUUCCCGAAUAUGCCGCACCAUACUGCACGCGAGCUGGGCAUCAGUAAGGAACUAGCGCGCCUGAAGGAGGAGAAGCAACAAUUGCUUGCGGAUCUACAAGGAACGGCACAGGCGCCUUCGCUGGUCCUGAAGGAAAAAGAGCCGAACACCUCCAAACAGAAGUUCCAGCUUCCAAAGCCGCCCAUGGUGUCAACUAGGAGCGUCGUGGCGCCCGUCCGCACUAUCUCAGAGGAGGAAGAAGAUGACAACACAGCUGCGUCGUUCGUUUCGAAUCCUACAGUCAUGGGGCAGCCGCCCCAUGCGCCGCCUCCUGUCGCCCGCAGCAAUAACGCGAAAGGCAGACGACGCUACUCAAUCUUGCAGCAGAUAAGGAAUCACGAUCUCACGGGCCAGAAGCACAUGGUUGCGAAUCUGGGCGGCACUGUCAAGGCUCGGGCGGCUACGCACCCGAUACCUGAAUCAGCUGGUGAAAAACGGAAAUCGCUAGCUGUGAGUGCCGUUCGCAUCGGAAACAACAAAAGAUUACAAACUUCUCGCCCUCCCAGCGGUGGAAGGGACGUUACGAUGGCAAGGAAACGAUCAGGCACCCAGCCUGCCAUUCUGAAUACUAAUUCUAUAACACACUCGUCGACCGGCGCAGUUCCAGCAUCUUCUGCGCAGGGAAGGCGUCCGCCAUUUAGGUAA